CUUGGAAGGAUCCUCAAUCUACCUGUUGGCUUUCUCUCACUCAAUCUUGUUCAGCAUGCCUUCACGAAGCUUCAAUGACAGCAUUAACGCGCUACUUACGGAUUCUCCGCCGUCGCUCGACCAAGCAGGUGCUCAUCCUUGCUUUUAUAUUGUUCAACAUCUUCGACAUCGCCCAGAUACUGCGCUGCCUUUCAAGCUCUACAGCUGAGCCGAUUCCUCGACGACAAGAACGUGUCUACAUCGCUAGUUUACAUUGGAACAACGAACGUAUUCUUCGAAGCCAUUGGAAUGAUGCUGUUGUAGCUUUGGCCAAUGCUCUCGGUCGGGAAAAUGUCUUCAUAACUGUAUUCGAAAGCGGAAGUUGGGAUAACAGCAAAGGGGCUCUAAGGGAGCUAGAUAGGGCAUUAGAGGCGCAUCAGAUCAGACGAAACAUUACUUUGUCCGAUACUACCCAUCUGGAUGAGAUAUCCGCAGUGAACAAGGGUUCCGGUUGGAUCGAUACACCCCGAGGGAGGAGGGAGCUCAGACGAAUACCAUAUCUUUCCAGACUUCGCAAUUGGACCCUGGAGCCCCUACAGGAGCUCAUUCGGCAAGGGGAGAAAUUUGACAAGGUGCUCUUCUUGAACGACGUUGUAUUCACUACUGAGGACGUCUUUCGACUCCUUGACACAAACAACGGAAACUUUGCCGCUGCUUGUUCAUUAGACUUUAGUCGACCCCCACAAUUUUAUGACACGUUUGCACUCCGAGAUGCUGAAGGUCAUGAGAUGUUAAUGCAGACGUGGCCUUACUUUCGUGCGAGGGACUCUCGACAAGCUAUAUUGGAAAAUCGGCCCGCACCAGUGGCGAGUUGUUGGAAUGGCAUGGUUGCUAUGCCCGCUGAACCCUUUGUUUCCGAACCUCCGCUACGCUUCCGAGGCAUUCCGGAUUCCCUUGCCAUGUCACACCUUGAGGGAUCAGAAUGCUGUCUUAUUCACAUAGACAACCCUCUCCGCGCAGAGAAGCAAACGUACGUCAACCCACAGGUACGGGUAGGCUAUAGUGCUGAAGCAUACGAUGCUGUAAACCCGCAACGGUAUAUGUUAUCUGCUUGGUGGAUUCUCAAAGCUUUGUGGGAGAACCGCAUUCGGCGCUGGGUCACAUCGCCUUCAUUGAAAGAGUGGAGGGUACGAAGAAGAGUGAAUAAAUGGAGAUCGGUAACCAAAGAGAACGAAGAAGCUGGGGAAAUAUGCCUUAUCAACGAAAUGCAAGUACUCAUCGAGAAUGGAUGGGCUCAUGUUUAGAUGUCCAGCUCACCAAAGAGACUGCACUAGCAGACCUAAUUUAUUUCUUACUGGAAAAUAUAUGUAUAUCACGCAACUCAGCCUUUAACCAAAAACAGAAAUAACACUUCUCUCUACUGUGC